UGUGUCUUCAGGUGGGGGGACCCAGCUGGUUGUUUUUUUUUUUUUAAGAAAACCCCCAAAAUCUAAACCUAGAAAAAUCAGGUGUCUGCUUCGGUCCUCCACGCUCCACCCCUAGAAUGUGUAGGCAGCUGGGCGGAGCCUAAGCUGAGUCCUCUCCAUUGAAGUCAGCUGGAUGUAGCAAGCCUGGUGGAGGAAGAGCUUCCUGUGUCUAAAGAUGGAUUUUAAAAUUGAACACACUUGGGAUGGUUCUCCAGUGACGCAUGAACCAGUGUUUGUCAGGCUGAACCCAGGUGAUGGAGGAGUGAUGUUGAAAGUUAGUGCUCCAUUUUUCAAUGAUCCUCCAGCCCCGCUUGGAGAACCAGGAAAGCCUUUCAAGGGACUGUGGGAUUAUGAAGUUGUAGAAGCAUUUUUCUUGAAUGACAUAACUGAACAGUACUUAGAAGUUGAACUUUGCCCCCAUGGACAACAUUUGGUGCUUUUAUUAUCUGGAAGAAGAAAUGUGUGGAAACAAGAACUUGCUCUAUCAUUCGAAGUGUCCAGAGGAGAGACAAAAUGGGAAGGCAGAGCUUAUCUUCCUUGGAGUUAUUUUCCACCAAACGUGACAAAAUUCAAUUCAUUUGCAAUUCAUGGAUCUAAAGAUAAAAGAAUCUAUGAAGCUCUUUACCCUGUACCUCAGCAUGAACUGCAACCAGGACAAAAACCUGAUUUCCACCGUCUGGAAUACUUCAAGCCUUUCAGUUUUAACACACUGCUUGGAGAAGAAGGGAAACAACCAGAAUCUGACCUGUGGCUAACAGAGAAACCUGAUGUAUAGGAGUAUAGUAGAUGACCAUAUCAAUCAUUUCUUCUCUAUACUUUUUAAGGUAAAUCAUCCUAUAUAAUAAAAGCGUAGUAUGCAAAUUGUCCCCUCGACAGGGAGUUGUCUGGGAGGUCAACCAGGGGGCGGGGCCGGCCAGGGGAAGGGAGGGAGGCCCCGGCCGGCAGCCAGCAGCCGCUAGGGACCCUACCAGUCCAUAAAUUUCGUGCACUGGGCCUCUAGUAAUAAAUAUAAUCUCUUUCAAGUAUAAUGUGAAAACAUUUCAACAAUAAAUAUUUUCAUAAAGGUCAAUGAAAAUAUAGUAUUUCUCUGACAAAUUUUGUAUAAAUUAACAAGAAAAUGGAAAGUUUGUAGAUUAUUAUAUCUAUAAAGUUAAAAUUUUUCUUACAGUCAUUUAGUCCAGGAGCCACAGUGUCAAUGAAUUCUGUCAUCUGCUUCACAUCAUCCUUACACUAAAUAUCCCUGACUCUGUCAAUCAAAUCAUUAUUUCUCUUCUCACUUCCCUAAACCUUAGCUAGCCUGAGAUAGGAAAAUCUUAUUUUCACAUUUUUGAACUCCAUGUACAUUAAUUCUUUACUCAGAAUCUUUUGUCCAUUCUUGAACUGGGUAGAAAACAAGGAUAUAUUUCAGUCGAAUAGGAAAUCCACAUCUGUUAAGGCAUCAUUAAGAUACAUGUGUUAUUUAAAGUAGCUAUUUUUCCUGUCUUAUGACUAUUUUUACUUUGUAGAAGAAAUGGAAUUCAGAUAACAGCUUCUGCUUUUAUUUAUAAAGAAAUGCCAUUUUCUGAAUGCUAGUAAACAACGUGUUGAAUGUACUCAUUUUGUAAACAUCAAAACAUCAUGGUCUACAAUUUUUAAAAUUUCUGUUAUAACAUAUUUCGGAGCUAGAAGCAAUCUAGUAAAUCAUUUAUGAACUUCUCUACCUGUUCCUUCUCCAGCAUUCUAAACUUAAAUAAUUAGCAGUUUUGCAGAAGAAACUUUAAAAAGAGAAAUCUUUAUUGUUGAAAGUAUUACAUAUAUCCCCUUCUUCCCCCCAUUGACCCCUUCUAAUCCAACCCUGCCCCCCACCCCAGGCCUUCACUACACUAUUGUCAGUGUCUAUGGGUUAUGAAUAUAUGCAUACAAGUUCUUUGGUUGAUCUCUAGAAACUUUAUUACUUAUGCAGAUACCUAGUUCCUACCCACUACAUACGUUUUCCUGUUCUUUACUGACAGUACAUUAAUUUUUAGGGGCUCUACUCAAAAACUACAUUUUCCCAGAUGCCUUUGCAGAUAGAAAUGACUCUAUAAAACAGUUCACAUCAAUGAGAUAUGAGUAUAUAGUAUCCGGUGGGGCUUAAAGAAAAGAUGCUUUAAAGAUGAAAGACUCAGCUGCCAUACACAUUUUGUCCUUCGCCCUCCCCUUCCUUUUUCCUGAGUUGCAGAAUGAAUCCCUGAGGUAACACACUAGCUUCAUUGUGUCAGCAAGGAGCCAACCCAGGGAUAGGUAGUUGAGUAGAAAGACAAAGGAGCCUGGGUUCUGAACUAUGCAGUAGAGUAAUAUAUCUGGACUGUCCAGCUAUAUAGGAGAGAAUAAAUGUCUAAUUUGUUUUCCCCAAAGUGAUUUAUUGAUUCAAUGCAAUCCAAGUUUAAAAUCCUAGAAGGCUUUUUGGGGAUAGAAAUUGACAAGAUGAUUCAAAUUUUGUGUGGAAAUGCCAAAACAGUUUUGAAACACAAUGAAGUUGGAAGACAUAUACUAACUGAAUCAAGACUUGUUACUAAUCUUCAAUAGUGAAGACAGUAUGACCUUGGCAUAAAUUUAGACAAAUAUAUCAAUGGAACAGAAUAGAGAAACCAGGAAGAGAACUAUGUAGAGUCAGUUGACUUGUGACAAAGGUGCCAAUGCAUUUAAGAGGGAAAGGAUAGUCUUUUCAACAAAUGGUGUUGGAAUAACUGGGAAAAAAAUGAAAAAAAAAAUGAACCUUGACCUCUACCAUACUCCAAAAGAAAAAAAAAUGAACCUAAAUGUAACUGGUAAAAUAAAAAAUUCUGGGAGAAAAUCUUCACAAUCUGCAGGAAACAAAUUUCAAGUAGGACAUAAAAAGCACUCACUAAAAUAGAAAAAAAACAAAUAAAUUGGACUUUAUCAAAAUUAAACGCUUCUCAUCAAAAGCCUUCAGUGAGAAUGUGAAAAAGCAAGCCAAAAUUGGAUAAAAUAUUCAAAAUACACGUAUCUGCCAGAGGACUCUUACCUAGAAUAUGUAAAGAACAGUAUCAGUAAUAAAAAGACAAGCCAGUUAAGGAGCAAAAGAGUUGAACAGACACUUCCCAGAGGAAAGCAUACAAAAGGCCAAUCAGUAUAUAGAAAGGCUCUCAACCUCACUUAUCAAAGAAAUGUGAAUUAAAACCACAGGAAGAUGCUACUGAAUGACUAAAAUUACAAAAUACGCAAUGGCUAACUGGCUAAAAAACAAACAAACAAAAAAAAAACAGCAAAAAACAACAACCCUGAAAAUGAGAACAUGGAGUAACUGGGUUUUCAACAUUGUGGGUAGGAAUGUAAAUGGUACAACCACUUGGGAACUAUUUGGCAAUUUCUAGUAUAGUUAAAUACAUUCCUACCCUAUGAUUGAGCAGUUUCAUUCUUAGAUAUAUACUCAAGGAAAAUGAAUGUUCUUAGCAGCUUUAUUCAUAACAGCGCCAAACUGUAGACAAUCUCAAAUUUCCAUCCCCAGGAGAAUAGAUAAUCUGAUAGAGUCAGACAAUGGAAUACUACUGGUAAAAAAGAAUGGCCUGUUGAUGCAUGCCAAAACCUAGAUGAAUCUGAAAAGCAUUAUGCUGAGAAAAAUAAAUCAGAGAGAAUAUACUGUAUAAUUAUUUUUAUGUGAAGGCCAAUUAUACACAAAACUAGGCUAUCCUGAAUGAGAACCACAGCUGUUCAGCAUAAGGGCAAGGGAUUCAAAUGACCUGGAAAAGGGGCAUGAGGGAAUUUUCUGGGUUGAAAUGUUUUGUGUUUUGAUCUGGAUGAUGGUACCUGCAUACAGUUGUCAACAUUCCUCAAGCUGUAUAUAUUUUAAGAUUUGUGGUUUUACUAUAUGUAAAUUAUUCCUUAAUAAAAUGCUGUUAUAAAAUAAUCUGUAAAUGGUGUUCACUUCAAGUUUAUGCUGUUCCAUUAAAUAAUCAUUAG